UGUCCUCAGAGCACAUGUCCUCAGAGCAUGUGUCCUCAGAGCAUGUGUCCUCAGAGCAUGUGUCCUCAGAGCAUGUGUCCUCAGAGCAUGUGUCCUCAGGGCACGUGUCCUCAGAGCACGUGUCCUCAGAGCACGUGUCCUCAGAGCACAUGUCCUCAGAGCACGUGUCCUCAGAGCAUGUGUCCUCAGAGCAUGUGUCCUCAGGGCACGUGUCCUCAGAGCAUGUGUCCUCAGAGCAUGUGUCCUCAGAGCAUGUGUCCUCAGUACUCAGUCAGAGUUUUGACCACGUGACGUUUUGA